AUGUACCAAUUUAUCUUCUUUGCGUCGAUGCUGGCAUCAACAACCUUGGGACACGUCGUUCUUGAGAACCCAAAGCCCUUCAAGUUUGUCGCUGACGGUCCUACGAAUCCCAUUUCUACCACAGGCGACGACUUUCCUUGCAAGAUCCCGGCUGGAGCGGGCUAUGAGAUCGACGGAUCUCCAACAACCAUUGCUAUUGGCGAGACUUUCGAAGCUACCUUCAAAGGGCAAGCUGUACAUGGAGGUGGCAGCUGCCAGUUAGCUCUUAGUGCCGACCCAAAACCAACUAAGGACUCAAGAUGGAUGGUCAUUCACUCCAUUGAAGGUGGAUGUCCGGCCCGCAACCAAAAGGGUAAUCUCGAGGGCCCUAAUGAAGAUAAGUACCCGUUCCAGAUCCCCACCAGCAUCGUACCCGGUGACUAUGUCUUUGCUUGGAUAUGGCUUGCAAGAGUUGGCGGCCAGCCCGAGUACUACAUGAACUGUGCCCCGAUCACUGUUACCGGCAUCAAAAUAAAGCGUGAGUACUUUGCCGAUCGCCGUGCGUCGCUGACCAAGCGGGAGCAGUUCCCUGAGCUCUUUAUGGCAAACCUUGGUGUGGUUUCUAGCGGUUGCACUACUGGAGAAGCCCUGAAUGCACAAAUCCCUAUUGCGUUCCCCAACCCUGGUAUCUAUGUCGAGCACCCCGAGGGAACAGAGAAUUUGUACAAGCAGCCAUGUGAUGGCAACCCUCGAGCAAAAACACCGGCGGAACCAUCUGUUGGGGUCGAUGCUCCUUCUAGCUCGACUGGAAAUGCUGCUCCAAAUUCAACUGCAACAUAUGGCACAAUUAUUUCCACCGCCUCGCCUAUCGCUGCGCCAUCUUCUGUCUCCUUAUCUGUUACAUCCGAGACAUAUCCUGUCCCUUCUACGACAUCAGUUGAGCCUACUGUCCCAGAUGAGACUGUCGCACCCGGUGAGUCUGCUCCCCCAGCUGAGCCUAGCCCCGGCGUUACGACUCCUAGCAAGACUGAAGCCCCGACCAGUUUUUGA